AUGAUAUUUUUAGUGAUACUGUUGUUGGUAUUGUUUCCUCACACGGUCUGCAAGGCUCACAUUGUUAAAUGCAAUGUCUGUCAUCCAUACCCUCCCCAUCACAAGUAUCAUCAGUCAGGUAACUUCAUUAUUGGUGGUAUUGCUUCUCAGACUUUCAUCCUCUCCAAUUCAAUUGCCUUCACUGAAGAACCUACUCCAGAAUUGUUUGACGAAUUUGUAGUAUUGACUAAAAAUUAUCAACACAUUCUGGCCUUCAUAUUUGCAGUAAAGGAGAUAAAUGAAAAUCCUCAGAUCUUAUCCAAUGUUACCUUGGGUUUUCACAUCUAUGACAACUAUUUCAAUGCUGAGUGGACCUUUCAUGCCACAAUGCUACUUUUGUCCUCACUGGAGAGAUUUGUCCCCAACUACAAAUGUGACUUCCAGAAUAACCUGACCUCUGUCAUUGGAGGACUGGACUCCCAAACUUCUCUUCAUGUGGCAACAAUCUUGUCAAUCUAUAAGAUUCCACAGCUCAUCUAUGGCCCAGCUCCAGUGAUGAAAGGUAAAACUUCAGGUCUUUCCUUUUACCAGAUGACCCCAAAUGAAGUCAUUCAGAAUAAGGGGAUACUUUCUUUACUUCUGCAUUUCAGCUGGACAUGGAUUGGGGUCCUUAUUAUGGACAAUGAUGAUGGUGAAAGGUUUUUGCAAACUGUGUCUCCAAUGUUUUUCCAAAGUGGUGUCUGUUUUGCUUUCAUAGAAAGAAUCCAGAUAGCAACAACUGCCAUUGAAAUUUUGGAUAUUCUGAAACAGGGGGCAAAGAUUCAUGAUCAAAUCAUGGGCAGCAAAGCCAAUGUACUGGUAGUCUAUGGAGAAUCUUAUUCCAUGGUGUCUUUGGAAUGGUUGCCAUAUCUACCAGAAGUAGAAAAUGUGACAAAAGAACCAAAAGGAAAAGUGUGGAUAAUGACUGCCCAGAUGGAGCUGACUUCAAUGGUCUUUCAAAGAACAUGGGCUAUAGAUAUGUUCCAUGGUGCAGUAUCCUUCACACUUCACUCCAGUGAUCCACCAGGAUUUCGCCAGUUUAUUGAAAACAUGCAUCCUUCCAGCACAACAGCAGAUGGCUUUAUCAAGGACUUCUGGCAACAGGCCUUUGUCUGUGGAUUCCCAAAUAAUGUUCUGGAAAACAAGGUGGAAAAUGACAACAUGGAAAAAUAUGUUUGUGUAGGGGAGGAGAAGCUGGAGAACCUUCCUGCACCUUUCUUUGAAAUGAGCAUGAUCGGCCACAGCUACAGUAUCUACAAUGCUGUCUGUGCUGUAGCCCAUGCUUUACAUGGCGUCUCCUCAUCCAGACUCAGACACAGAGCAAUAAUGGAUGGAGAGUUUUGGAAUCAACCAUUUUGGCAGUGUGAAAAAUCCAAAACACUGCUCUCCAACUGCACCCUUUUCUCAUUUCUUGCCUUGUUCCUUUUUAUCAAGCUUCAUCACUUUCUGAGAGGACUCUCAUUUAACAACAGUGCUGGGGACACAGUUUCCUUUGACCAGAAUGGUGAGUUAGUGGCUGGCUUUGAUGUAACCAACUGGAUUAUUUCCUCCAACCAAUCUUUUCAUAGAGUGAAAGUUGGGAGAGUGGAUCCUCUGGCACUUCCAGACCAAGCAUUCACUAUCAGUGAGGAUGCCAUAAUAUGGAACAGCUGGUUUAACCAGGUACGACCACUUUCUGUAUGCAGUCAAAGUUGCUCUCCUGGUUCUAGAAAGAAAAUGAAGGAGGGGGAGCCAUUUUGCUGCUAUGACUGCAUCCCAUGCCCAGAAGGAGAGAUUUCAGACCAGAAGGAUAUGAAUGAUUGUUUUAAAUGCACAGAUGAAAAAUAUCCAAACAAAAACCAGGAUUUGUGUAUUCCAAAGGAUACACAACUAUUGUCUUUUGAAGAGCCUUUGGGGCUAAGUUUAGCCUACUUUGCUGUCUCCUUUUCUUUGAUCACAUCUCUGGUGCUGGGAACAUUUAUGAAGCACCACAACACUCCCAUAGUCAAAGCCAACAACCGGAACCUGACCUAUACUCUCCUUGCCUCCCUCCUGCUCUGCUUCCUUUGUCCCUUGCUGUUCAUUGGUCAUCCUGGGAAGGUGACGUGUCUCCUCCGGCAAACUGCUUUUGGCAUCAUAUUUUCAGUGGCCGUUUCUUGUGUGCUGGCCAAAACCAUCAUGGUGAUUCUGGCUUUCAUGGCCAGCAGGCCAGGAUCCAGCAUGAGAAAUUGGGUGGGGAAAAGACUGGCCAACACUGUUGUUGUUUCGUGCUCCCUUAUUCAAGUAGGCAUUUGUUUUGUGUGGCUGGCAACUUCUACCCCAUUCCCAGAUGUGGACCUGCAUUCUGGGACUAAAGAAAUAGUAUUGGAAUGCAAUGAGGGGUCCAUGCCCUUGUUGUAUUGUGUCUUGGGUUACAUGGGCUUCCUGGCAAUUUCAAGUUUCACUGUGGCUUUUCUUGCCAGAAACCUACCUGAUAAUUUCAAUGAAGCCAAAUGUAUCACUUUCAGCAUGUUGGUCUUUUGCAGUGUUUGGUUACUGUUCAUUCCAACCUACCUGAGCUCUAAGGGAAAAUACAUGGUAGCUGUAGAAGUCUUUUCUAUCUUAGCUUCCAGUGCUGGGUUACUGGGUUGCAUCUUCUUCCCAAAGUGUUACAUUCUUGUGCUGAGACCUGAGCUAAACAACAGGGAACUUCUAAGAAGAAGAAAAUGUUGA